AGAAGGAAACUUCGUUUUUGCGGAUGCCUAUAAACUAUGAGGUAUUGGAUUGGAUUUCUACUUUCUCCUCGUGUGACAGUGAGAUCGAAGGGUAUCAAGGCCUUCACAGCGAAGAAACCUCCUCCAAAUGCACAUGAAUAUGCAAAGAUUCAAAUUCAUCCUGUAAAUAAUUUUACUACAACUAUUGAAAACACUUUCCAAAUGACAGUCUCUAAACUUGUAAAUCAUCUUUUAGAGAAUUCAAAUGUUAGAAAUAUUAACUCUCCAGCAGUUCUUAUAAAAAAUAUUAAAGUUGUUCAAAAGAAAUUAGAGGUACUUAUCACUAGUGGAGGUGAUAAACUGGAAAUUGUUACAGAUUUCGAUCGUACAAUGUCAAAAUAUCGUCAUAACGGGGAAAUUAUUCCAACUUGUCAUGGUAUUUUUGAAUCAGAUCCUGAAUUAACUGAGACAACAAAAUCUAUAUUGAUUGAAUUACGUAAUAAAUAUUAUCCUAUUGAAAUGGAUAUUAAUCUAAAAGAAAGUGAGAAAAUUCCCCAUAUGAUUGAAUGGUGGGAGUCAGCACAUCAAGCCAUAGUUGACUGUGGUAUACAUAAAUACGCACUUGAGAAAACAGUUAAAGAAAGUCGUUUAGUUUUAAGGGAGAAAGUGGAUAUUUUUCUUCAAUUGUUACAUAACUAUAAUAUACCUGUUUUGGUUUUCUCUGCUGGACUUGGUGAUGUUAUUGAUUUAUUUCUGCAUCAUUCAAAUGUUCAUUAUGAUAAUAUGCGUGUUGUAUCGAAUUUUAUGCAAUUUGAUAAUGAUGGUAAACUGACUGGAUUCACUUCACCAGUUAUUCAUAUAUUCAAUAAAACAGCUAAUAUUGUUGUAAAUAAUGGUUUACCAAAACGACCAAAUGUUCUACUGCUUGGUGAUUCCACUGGUGAUAUACAUAUGGCAGAUGGAGCGACAAUUGAUGAUCCUACUGGCCAACUUGGUACUGUCCUGCGUAUUGGCUUUUUAAAUGAAGGAAUUGAAGAAAACUUGGAGAGAUUUCAAUCUGUCUAUGAUAUAGUUCUUGUCAAUGAUGAUACAUUUAAUAUCCCAUUGAAAAUUAUUCAAAGUAUCCUGUUACACGAUGAUUAAUGGAAGUAAAAGAAGAGCUAAUGAAAGAGAAAUUGAGUUGACAUGCUUUGAAUCACACUCAUUAUUCAUUUAUUCGUUUAUUUUUAGAUUUUUUUUAAAGAAAAAUUCUAUUUUAUUACUGUAAUUUAUUAUUAUUAUUACUAUUAGUAUUAUUACUAUUACCAUAGUGAUUAGUGAAAUCAAAUAAAAUGGAAACUUUUAUUAUCAUCACUUGUUUUAAUUUUCAAUGAACUUGCUGAUUUCCUUAGCUUAUUUUAUUAUUAUUUUUUUUCUGAGUCUUUCUGUGAGUUUGUAUGGAAGUGUACAAAACGAGAGUGGUGAAUAUUCUUCUUCCUUUUAUGAUUUGUCGCCUUCAUCAAGCAGCCAACUUAUCUAUUAUAUACAUCCAUAUAAUUAAUUGGUUCAUUACUCAGUUUUGUGCUAUCCAUCAAUCCUUUACCCUACCCUAGCCCUGGAUAUUUAUUUCUCACUAUGUCCACCCACCCACCCAUCUAUCUGUCUAUCUAUCCGUUGAUAGAUUGCUACACUGGUAUGCAAUAAUAAUGACAAUCAUUAAUAUUAUUAUUAUUAUUAUCGUUAUUACUAUUUACUAUUCUGUCACCUUAUUAAAUUAAUACAUAAUAAAGAACAUGUGUAAUUUUUUGUUAAAACUUAAGAUUUUCCUUUUUAUCUUCAAAUUUCCCUCCUUCUCUUUCCCUUCUUUUCAUUUUCCCGCUCAAUAUAUUAUUUGAAAGUUACGCCGGAUUAUUGAAACAUUGAACAAAUCAAUAAAUAUUUAUUCGCCUAGUGGAUGGAAAGUUGUAAACACACACACACACACACACUUAUUCUUCUUCCUCUUCGUCACGUGUUAGACGUUAUCAAUUAGUUAGUUGAUGAAGAGUUAUCAUCACAACAUAUAUAUAUAUAUAUAUAUUGUAGCAAAAAAUAUAUUUGCUGUUGUAUAUUUCUACAGUUAAAUAAUCAUUUAUUUGAUUCUAUUCUUCUACUAUUUAUGUUUUCUAUUAAAAUAGAUUUAAAAUGAUGUACUUUAUCUUUUUGAAGAUGUGUAUAAAAAAAUGUGUUUCUUCAAUAAAUUGAUUAACAGAAUCGA